AUGCUGCUCUCCUGCUUCCCAGAGCUCUACUUUAACGUGGACAGCGGCUACCUGGAGGGCCUGGUGCGCGGCUUCAAGGCCGGGGUGCUCAGUCAGGCCGACUACGUCAACCUGGUCCAGUGCGAGAGCCUGGAAGAUUUGAAGCUUCAUCUCCAGAGUACAGACUAUGGGAACUUCCUGGCAAAUGAGGCCUCUCCUCUCACCGUCUCUGUCAUUGAUGACAAACUGAAGGAGAAGAUGGUUGUGGAGUUCCGCCACAUGCGGAAUCACGCUUACGAGCCUUUGGCCAGCUUCCUGGAUUUCAUCACCUACAGCUACAUGAUUGAUAAUGUCAUUCUGCUGAUUACUGGGACGCUCCAUCAACGCUCCAUCGCAGAACUGGUACCCAAAUGCCAUCCCUUGGGCAGCUUUGAGCAGAUGGAGGCUGUGAAUAUUGCCCAGACACCAGCUGAGCUAUACAAUGCCAUCCUGGUGGACACGCCUCUUGCUGCCUUUUUCCAGGAUUGCAUAUCUGAGCAGGAUCUGGAUGAGAUGAACAUAGAAAUUAUACGAAAUACUUUGUAUAAGGCUUACCUGGAGUCCUUCUACAAGUUCUGCAAGAGCCUGGGAGGCACAACAGCAGACGCCAUGUGCCCGAUUUUGGAGUUCGAAGCGGAUCGCAGAGCCUUCAUCAUCACCAUCAAUUCCUUUGGCACCGAGUUGUCCAAGGAGGACCGCGCCAAGCUCUUCCCCCACUGCGGCAAACUCCACCCCGAGGGCCUGGCUCAGCUCGCCAGGGCAGAUGACUACGAGCAAGUCAAAACCGUGGCCAAUUACUACCCGGAAUAUAAAUUGCUCUUUGAAGGAGCAGGUAGCAACCCUGGUGACAAAACCCUCGAGGACCGGUUCUUUGAGCACGAGGUGAAGCUGAACAAGCUGGCCUUCCUGAACCAGUUCCAUUUUGGUGUGUUUUAUGCUUUUGUGAAACUGAAGGAGCAAGAAUGCCGCAACAUCGUGUGGAUCGCGGAGUGCAUUGCCCAGCGCCACCGAGCAAAGAUUGAUAACUACAUUCCCAUCUUCUGAGUGUUUCCCUUUGUCUGGCAAAGCCUGUAGAUGUCCCGGAGGGCUUCUUCAGCCCCCGCCUGGGGAAGCUGAGGCAGGAGGGUCUCUGCACGCAUCCCCUUUCCUGUUGGACUCCUUGUGUUUGCCAGAAUCGGACAGGCUAAAUUGUGCUGUGUCUGUACCAACUCAUUGUGCUGUUGAGAAGGCGUCUUGCUGGGCGCAUCCUGGGCCAUCCUGGUGCCCCCAUAUGGGACGCACUCUUGGCAUCUGCUUCCUGUUGCCACCAUCUUGCUCGAAGACAGGUGCUUUUCAGACUAGGCCAGCGUAGCUCUUCUGAGGCACCCUGGAAGCAGCUGCUUAGCCAGCGAUCCUCUGCCGGGAGUGAUACUAGAAUGGCA